AUGGAAUUCGCGAAGCAGAUGGAUUUACGGAAAGCGCGUCUUGAAAGACAGCAGGCAUGGAACGAGUUUCGUUUGAAGCAAGAGCGGGAGAUGCGCGAGUUGGAGCACCAAGCACAGCGAAAAAUGGAGGAGCAGCAGUUAGAGCAUGAGCAGGAAAUGCUGGAUAGGCAAAUGGCGGCAGAGCGAGAAUUUCUCCAGAAGCGUGAUGCGAUUAGGAAGCAAUUUGAUAACAGUGUUAUGAAGGUUAAAGCACUGAAAGAUCAAAGUGGUCCUGUUCGCAAUUCAUCGAUGAUUAAACCAACGAAAAUGGUAAAUCAAUGGCUGCAUGGAGAUAAUCGGGGUGCUCACCGCAGAAUGAAUGAUGGCGAAGAUCCAAAACGAACAGGAAUGGGCCCUGUCGACGAUGAAGGCGAUUCUGAGUGGAAUCAUGAAGUUAGCGACGGUAGUGAUGUGUCGGAAGUUCCCAGGAGUAGAAACAAGCGUAGUAGCGUCCGCUUGAGUGAAGGAACAAACGGGUCGGGGUGCAGAGUUGGUCGAAUCACGAGAGAUCAGCUAGCCGCUAGAAAAGCAGUUUCUCAAAAUCUUCCGAAGUUUAAGGGAGAGCCAGAAGUUUGGCCAUUGUUCAUUAGCAGUUUCGAAUUCACCACCGCUGCUUGUGGAUUUUCGAAUCUGGAAAAUCUGAAACGUUUGCAGGGUUGCUUACAAGGUGACGCGCUUGAGGCGGUCAGAAGUCGGCUAAUUCUUCCAGAUUCCGUACCAGAUGUGAUCGGUGAUCUUCGUAAUCUUUUUGGAAGACCAGAGAAGUUGUUGAAAUCGUUACUGUCGAAGGUAAGAAGCGCUCCAGCUCCGAGAGCUGAUCGACUGGAGACAUUUUUGCAUUUUGGCAUCACUGUUAAGCAAUUAUGUGACCAUCUUGAGGCAGCACGGCUUAAUGAUCAUUUAAAUAACCCAAUGCUAGUACAAGAGUUGGUUGACAAAUUGCCACCUAGUUACAAGCUGGAUUGGGUCCGGUACAAACGAGGAAAGGUGGAUAGUUCUCUGCGAAUGUUUACAAAUUUUAUUAAUGACAUAGUCUCGGACGUGUCAGAGGUCACAGAGUUUUCUGCUUUGUCAAUGAGCGAUGCCGGGCAUUCUGGAAGAGGAAAUCUUCGGAAGAAGGAGUUCGUGCAUCUACAUGAUUCGGAUCAGAAAAGGACUGAAGUUCGGAAUGACACAGUCAGUAAGCAGUGUUGGAUUUGUAAACGAACGGAUCACCUCAUCAAAUUUUGCGAAGAUUUCAAGCGGAUGAAUGUUGCAGAGCGGUUGAGAGAAGUCGAGCGACACCAGUUAUGUAGCAUUUGCUUGAAUAAACAUGGUAACAGUCGGUGCACAUCGAAGAUUCGAUGCAUGGUGCGGAAUUGUCAGGGAAGUCAUCACUCUCUGUUGCACAGAGUGGAGGAAUCAGUACGGCUGCAGAAGGUUGAGUGCAACACGAUCGGAAAUCCGGAGAACAAUGUAAUUUUUCGGUUGAUGCCAGUGACGUUGUAUGUUGGAGAGCGUCAAUUCGAUACAGUGGCGUUUCUGGAUGAAGGGUCAUCCGCAACUCUGGUAGACGACGUAGUUGCUAAGCGAUUGAAAGCUAAAGGCACAGUAGAGCCGUUGAUAGUCACGUGGACGGGUAAUAUUAAUCGCUACGAAAACGAUUCGAUGAAGGUAGAACUAAUGAUGUCGGCAAAGGGAUCGAAGGAUAAGUAUUCGUUGUUUAAUACCCGAACGGUGUCUGAAUUAGUGCUACCGAGACAGAACGUACGAUUUGCAGAAGUGGUGAAGAGAUAUUCACAUUUGACUGGUGUACCAGUGAAGAAUUUUCCGUCGGGUAAACCGAGAAUUUUACUUGGGUUAGAAAACAUCCAUCUUUUCGCGCCGCUAGAGUCACGUGUCGGUAAACCGAAUGAACCGAUUGCCGUGCGGUCAAAGAUAGGCUGGACAGUCUAUGGAACGGAGAACAGUGCACCGAGUGCUCAUACGUACUUGAAUCUACAUUCAGUCGAACCGAUGAGCAAUCAGUAUCUUCACGAUAUGUUACGAGAACAAUACGUGCUAGAUGAGACAGCUGUUACAACCUUUGCGAUACCUGAGCCUGUGGAAGAUAAACGGGCUCGAGAAAUACUCGAAUCUACUACGAAGCGUGUAGGUGACCGCUAUGAAACGGGGUUGUUGUGGCGUGAAGACGCAAGGCGAUUUCCGGAUAGCUACUCGAUGGCAGUACGACGGAUGAAAGCUCUCGACCGAAAGCUAGAGAAAAGUCCAGAACUGAAGCGUAAUGUGUGUCUGCAGAUCGAAGACUAUCAGGUCAAAGGAUACACACAUAAAGCGACCAAAGCAGAGCUAACCGAUACUCCGAGGAAUACGGUAUGGUAUUUGCCGCUAAAUGUGGUGGUGAGUCCAAGGAAGCCUGGCAAAAUACGCCUCGUUUGGGACGCUGCAGCGUCAGUAAAUGGGGUCUCCUUGAAUUCGGAGUUACUCAAAGGUCCAGAUAUGUUGGUUCCCCUGCCUCGAGUAAUUUGUCAUUUCCGGGAACGUCCGGUCGCGUUCGGAGGUGACAUACAAGAGAUGUAUCACCAGAUACUGAUCAGAUCGGAAGAUAAGCAAGCACAACGGUUUUUGUUUCAUUCAAACGCAGAAGACUCUCCGCAGGUGUACGUCAUGGAUGUGGCUACACUUGGUUCCACGUGUUCCCCGUGUUCAGCUCAAUACGUAAAAAACUUGAACGCAGAGCGGUUUGUCCACGAGUAUCAGGCGGCGGUGGAAGCCAUCGUAAAACGUCAUUAUGUGAACGAUUAUUACGCCAGCGUAGACACGAUCGAAGAAGCAGUGCAACGUGCAAACGAAGUGAAGUAUAUUCAUUCGUGCGGAGGAUUUCAUAUUAGGAAUUGUGUGUCGAACUCAGCUAACUUUCUUGAAGAGUUGGGGGAACAAAUCGCUGAUUCUGCCGUGCAUUUCAACCGAAAUAAGAGCAUCGAACACGAACGUGUGUUGGGGAUCACGUGGGAUCCGGUUCAGGAUGUUUUCUAUUUUGCUUCAAUAUCAAAAUCGGAGUACAAUCAGGUUCUUCGCGGAGAAGAACACCCGACUAAGAGAGUCGUACUCAGCAUUGUGAUGGCACAAUUCGAUCCUGUAGGACUUCUCGUUCCAGUCACUAUUCUGGGAAAAAUGCUGGUUCAAGAUCUUUGGCGAACAGAAUGUGAAUGGGACGAAACUAUCGAUGAUUUAUCGUUCAAGAAGUGGCUACGCUGGACGAACAUCUUGUUAGACGUAGAAUCAUUUAGGCUACCGCGAAGCUAUUUCGGAAACGCAAGAUCAGAGGAGAUCGAAGACGUACAGCUUCACAUCUUUGCAGAUGCUAGCGAGACUGCAUAUGGAUGCGUGGCGUAUUUCCGCGCAAUCGUGAGAGGCAAAGUGGUAUGCUCGUUAGUGAUGAGCCGAGCGAAGGUUGCUCCGUUAAAACAGCUUUCUAUUCCGAGGCUAGAGCUUCAAGCAGCAGUGCUUGGAGCCAGACUAUCAAAAACAGUGCAGGAUAAUCACAAUUUUUCGAUAAGCCGUGUGGUGUUUUGGAUCGACGCAGAAGUUGUGUUGUCGUGGAUUCGUUCUGAUCAGCGCCGCUAUAAGCAAUUUGUAGGUUUUCGAAUCGGAGAAAUCCUUAGUCUAACGAAACUGACAGAUUGGUACGGUAUUCCAACGAGACUUAACAUUGCAGAUCAGAUUACAAAAUGGGGUAAAGAUCCAGAGAUACACCCAAAUAGUCCGUGGGUUCGUGGACAACCGUUUUUAUACAACAACGUGGAAGAUUGGCCAAAAAAAAGCUUACCACCGGGAAACACCACUGAAGAACUACGCUCUCACUUGUUGUUACACGACGUGAAAGUGGCAGAUGUUCUUGUGGAUACCAAUCGUUUCUCUAAAUGGACUGUACUCACAGUUGAAAGUGCUAGUAAAACCUCAACAGUUCGUAUUCCGCUGCAACAAAGCGAAUACGAGAAAGCAGAAUUGUUUCUGUUCAAAAUGGCACAGACCGAGAGCUACAUCGAUGAGUUGAAAGUGUUGACGAGGAAUAAGGAUCGUCGAAUGAACGAGUGGUUAAAGAUCGAGAAGUCUAGUCCGUUGUACAGAUUGACACCAUUAAUCGACGAGAAUGGGUUAAUUCGAAUGGAGGGCCGUGCCGAGAAUGCUGAAUUUCUAUCGUUUGAUCUGCGUUUUCCGGUGAUUUUGCCACAUGACCAUAGAAUCACGAGGUUGAUUGUGCAGCAUUACCAUGAAAAAAGUGGUCACGGAUACCGUCAGGCGGUUAAGAACGAGCUUAAGCAGCAGUUUCAUAUUCCACAUAUCGACGCAAUUGUCCGAAAGGUAUCGUCAUCUUGCGUAUGGUGUAAGGUUCAUCGUUGUCGUCCUGAAGUCCCACGGAUGGCUCCACUACCGGUGCAAAGACUUACACCAAAUCUACGACCGUUUAGUUAUGCUGGCGUAGAUUAUUUAGGACCAUUUGACGUGACAGUUGGACGCCGCUCGGAAAAGCGUUGGAUUGCGCUGUUUACUUGCCUAGUAACUCGUGCAGUGCAUUUGGAGGUGGCCUGCGGUCUAACUACACAAUCGUGCUUAAUGGCAAUACAUCGAUUCAUUGGACGUCGAGGUUGGCCGAGAGAGUUUUUGUCCGACAACGGAACGAAUUUCCAAGGGGCAAGUAAAGAGCUUGCGAGAGCCGUUCAAGCAAUAGGAGCUGACUGCGCGGACGAACUCACAAAUGCAAGAACGAAAUGGACUUUCAAUCCGCCUUUAGCUCCUCACAUGGGAGGCGUUUGGGAGCGUCUGGUUCGUUCUGUAAAGGAAGCGCUCACUGCACUAGAUGACGGAAGAAAGUUAACGGAUGAAAUCCUGCAGACAGCGAUCGUCGAAGCGGAGGACAUGAUCAAUUCGCGUCCUCUUACAUACGUAUCGGAGCAGUCUAACAAGGCAGAGGCUCUUACCCCGAACCAUUUCUUGCGGGGAUCUUCACCAAAUCAGCCAUGUGUACAUCUUCCCCCACCUCACCCAGCCGUAGCACUUAGGGACGCCUUUCAGCGUUCCCAGCAGUUGGCUAGUCUGAUACGGAAGGCCAAUCUGCGAAAUCAUGUACAACAUGCUUGA